GUUACAGCGCGCGCUUCAUUUAGUUUUAAUUAUUUUUUUUUUAAAGAACGCGCACUUUUAGUAACAAAAAAAAAGAACUCAAAGAGUGUGAAAAUGUCGAGAUGUAAAAUAAACAAACCUGGCACAUCCUUCCCAACACCGACACGUCACGAAUGGUCCAAGACGUAUCUGGCACGUCCUAAGGAUAAUCUCGUUGCCCAUCGUGAUAGUCUGCUGAAGCAACCGUUCAGUCCAUCGUACGAUAGGGAUGGUGAUCCAACGAUGGACUGUUUGCUGGACUGGUCGUACGGGCGCAUUUGGCAGGUAGAAGCGCAAGACUUUCGCCACAACCGUACACUCACGGCACAGCCUAAGCCGGCGAAGAAGAAAUUUCCCACCUACCCAGAUCGCAGAGCCCAGAAAAUGCCCGAAACGCCUAACGCACGGUACACCAUGAAACGGUUCCAGAACGUACCGGCAAAGGUUGAUACGGGCCGUACCGUCCCAUUGUGUCCGUGGAGCAAUAGUUGCUAAAUUACAACGUCGUAUCGUAAGACGCACACGUUUCACACGUGUGCCCUUAAAUCAGUGUGCACCGCUGUGUGGAAAUGAACCCGAUGGAAAUCUCUCGACCGACACGUUUGCGCACCUCUCACUCACUCAAUGGUGGUGUGUUUUUUUUUGUUCGCUCACUUCAAUCGUUCUCACGUAACCGCGCUCUCCAAAAUUUUGUGCUCCCGAAAAUGUGCUCCGAUCCAUCUAGUAAACAUGUGCGUUUUUCCACCCUUCCUCCUCUCCCCCACUCCCCCACACCCUUCCAAUUAGUGUGACCGAAACAGGACACCAUUUUCAGCUGUCAAACAACAACGCGUUGUCCUUGCGAAGGCAUAUUUAGCUUAGCAGAUGGGAAAGAAAAGGAUAGCAAAGGGUGUGGGGAAAAUAAAAAUGGAAAAACACUUACAGAACGACACACUCUACUCCACCAGUGUGCUUGGUGUGUCAGUUCUUCCAGCUCGUGA